AGACCUUAGGCAAGAGGAGCCCAGAGAAAAUCAGCAGACAGAUGCUAGACACUGGAUACUGGUAGAGAGACAGCAGAGACCCCAACGCUAGAAGAAGAAGGGUGAUAGAUGAUGGCAAAGGAUGUGAUGAAGAAACGUGUAUAGACCGAAGAAGGCGCAGGAAACUACUAAACCACAACUGUCCUAUUUUAUUACUAUCCUCAGCUGAAAGUUUCUGCUAGACAAUUUUGGGGACACUGUGCCUAGAAUAUAUCAAACUCCGAAAUGGCGGAGAGGGCUGGAAGAUCAGAUGACCUGAAGCGGGCAACCAAAGCAAGGCAAGAUCAUUGCAGAAACAACUUCACUCCCACGUACCCUGGGUGAGCUGCAGCUGUACCGUGUUCUCCAGAGAGCCAACUUAUUAGGCUACUAUGAUACCUUUAUCCAGCAGGGAGGUGAUGAUGUUCAGCAGUUAUGCGAGGCUGGAGAAGAUGAAUUCUUGGAAAUUAUGUCCUUGGUUGGCAUGGCUACAAAGCCAUUGCAUGUCAGACGGCUACAGAAGGCCUUACGAGAUUGGGCUACUAAUCCUGGACUGUUUAACCAGCCACCAUUGAACAGUGUUCCUCUGAGUGCCAGUAUACCAUUGUUUAAAAUAUCAGAAACAAUGGGAAGAGUAGCUCGACCAUGUAAUGGUCAUAUUAGUAACAUGGAAACUUUGAGCAAAGGAAUUAGUGGCUUUGUUCUUCCAGAACAACAAGAACAGCUUGGAAAAAGAUCUCCAUCACAACUAGACAAUAGGCCUUGGACAGUUCAGGUGUCUCCAGAACUAAAUGAAGGAGAUGAUGAAGAUGUUGACGAUGAUGAAGAUGGUAGAGGAGCACAGUAUGCAACAGCAGGUGAAAGACUGGACCCUGAGCUGGUACAGGUGAUAUCGGACAGUGUUGAGAGGCUAAUGAAAGGCUUGCCUCGGGGGGAUAUCGCUGAGGCGCGAUCCAUGCUGAAAAUAAACAAAAAAUUGGGACGAUCGCUAGGCCAUAUCUUUCAGAUACCUGAUGGAGGGCCUAGGAAAGAAAGGGAGAUUCGAAGACAUAGUGCUAUCUAUGGAAGGAGCGAUUCUAAGAGACGUGAAGGAAAAAGACUCACUCUACAUGAGCUGACAAUAAAUGAAGCAGCCGCUCAGUGCUGUAUGAGGGACAACACCCUGCUCCUUAGGAGGGUAGAGCUGUUCUCAUUAGCAAGACAGGCGGCCCGGGAGAGCUCCUACUUGGCAUCUCUGAAGUGCUCCAGGUUAAAUCCUGAAGAGUCAGGGGCACCACAGACAAAAAUACCAAAGCAGGAGGUUUGCGAAGUGCCUCUACAAAGCGAAUCAGAAAGUGUAACUACUUCAGUAAGACAUAGCUUGGAAGAAGACAGCGGCAGUGUAUCUGGGGAAAGCAUGGAUGGUCAUUUACAAGCAGCUGUAACGGUAAGAAUACCCACCUCCCCUGGAGCUCCCCCUACAGAACUAUCUCUUGCUCUACCACAUCCAGCCCCAUGGAGCAGACAGCUUUUGCAGCAAACACUGAUGGAUGAAGGUCUGCGACUUGCCAGACUUGUGUCACGUGACAGAUUGGGCCGCCUCAGUCUGUGUGUGCCAGGAACUCCUCACAUUGCAGAAUGUGAUGACGGUGGUUCGGAGAGCUGUUCAAGUUUGCCUGUUUCACCACAAAUCACAGACCUCAGAUCUGGAAACUGCAAGGAACAGGAAUAAAGAAAAUCCGAAGGCAAGACGAGGACAACUGAAAGAUACGAAGUAACAACGACAAAAAUCAUUUGUUCCCUAACCCUAAGCCAUCUAGGACACUGAGCCAUCUAUAAUAAUGAUACCUUACCAGUUCCAGUGGCCUCCAUAUUGAACAGAACCAGCUCAGUUAUGUAGACUGGACGGCAGGUAAUGGCUUACAGUGUCUGAGAACCACUGAGAUUUUGGGAUUAGCAAACGUUAAAUGCAAUGUACCAAACUUAUGAGCCAUGACGUGAUAUUGUAUUCAAGUAUGGCAUUGUUAAUAAUUGCAAUGAUUAUUGUAUUAUGUUUAUUUCUUACAGAUAUAUUCAUUAUAUAGUGCAGCAAAUGACUUUUGAAUAUUAGUUGCCAGAUUUUUCAUAAAACAUGUUAAAUGCUAUAUUAUACCAUCAGGAUAUCAAGGAUUAAGGCUUCGUAUAAAUUGAUAGCUCUUAGACAAGAUUGGUAGACGUGCAAGCUCUUGAUUUCUAGUUUUCUGGGCUACUUUAACUGUUGUUGUCUACUGAUGCGUUAAGCCUCAUCUCCCAAGCAAAGAAAUAUAUAAGGUAUUAAAGGGGAUUUCUGGGAAUUAAAUAUUGAUAAUCAUCAAUAUCUGACAGGUCAACUCCUGGCGAGGGUUGCAGCUUCUUCAUGGUAUACCAAGCACAGCGCCGUCCAUUGCAUAGUGGCUGAUCUUGGUAUUGCAGCUCAACCCACAUUUAUUUAGGACAUGUGACUGAUGAACCUGACAUCACAUGACCUAGGAAGAUGCCAAAGAGCUCACAGAGCCCUAUGGCCUCUUCAUACAGCUGAUCGGGGAGGGUGCUAAGAAUUGGACCUCCACCAAUCUCAUAUUGAUAACCUGUCCUGAGGAUAGACCAUCAAUAUGAAAAUCCCAGAAAGCCCUUUUAAUAAAAUGUUAAAAGCUGCUGAUGUCAUUCACUUACACACACAAAAUGGUAGUUAUAGGAGAAGAAGAUAUUUCUUAGUUUUCCUAUCAGCAAUCCCGUUGAAUUACACUACAGCCUUCCUCUGCCCAGCCUCGAGUGGUUGAGAACACAAGAAUAUAUCGAAUAUAUUGGAUUCAGUUGCCAAAUGAAUGUAGAACAACUUUAGUGAGCUUUUCGUGACAUUGUUUAGAAAGUACCUUUAGCAAAUGACUGAAGUGAGACUGAAUGGCUAAUGGGUUAGUAGACGUUGCUUGUAAUAGAAUAUGGGUUUUUAGGUCACCUUCUUCUGUUUUUUAAUUCAGGGUUUUAGCUAAGCCAGGACUCAAUGCAUGGAAGUAAUAUUUUGGGGGGGAAAACUUAAAUAAAGCAAAGUAGAUAGAGUUUGAACAUUUUAUAGAUAAUCUUUUAAUGUGCCAUUAUACCAGCUAUUCUCAUCCAUCCAGAGAUACCCCAAAGGGAGGUAAAACGCGUUGACAGUCAUGGAUGGCCCUACAUGGGUAUUGACAUUUCAUUGAUUUAAGAUGCUCUAAGUUAUACCUCUGUUCAAUUGACUUAAACUAUGGGGCUCAUGUAUACAUGGUAUCAAGGGUUGUCCAUUGUGCUACUACUUGACAAAUGUAGGAAAUUAAUGACAGAUAACAGCUGUUGUAAGUGGUCUUACAAAAAAAUUGACAUUUUUAGAUUUAUAUGACACAGAUGAGACAAAGAUGGUCCAUCUUCUAAGCCAAAACGUUGACAUCUGAAGACCUUUUGGCCAAUGACCCCCUUAUGAUUGAUUACUUUAUUAUUUUACUAAACCCCCAACUAUGUAUGCUGUGUAUUGAAUCCAGAGAUGCAUUUAUCUUUUCUGUACAUAUAGGAGAUUUUAUCAUCAGGGAGUACUUUCUUUUUUUUUUUCCUGGAGUUCAGUCUGAUUCCACAUUUUGUGAGCCCCUUAGACUGACGUCCUUUUAUUUCAAAGCAAUAAUCAGACUCUGUAUUCUGUGUGCAAUAAACGAUUCAGAGAAAUCCAUCACCGCACCGUUGUCACUUCUCCAUGGAUCUCCAGGAGGUUUGGAGUCACUUUGCUGGUUCGUAUAAAGCCAGCCUGUAAAAAUGUGCUUUCAAUAGUUAGUAAAGUGUGUAAACGAGCCUAUUUACUCUUUUCCUUUGAAAUGAUGGUACAUGAUGAGCUUUUGUUCUACUUGCAUACAGCUAACUGUAUAUAGAUAGCUCAAUGUCUAAGUAGAAUCAGCGACUAUACAUUCCAGUAGGAACAUUCAAAUCCAUUCUGUGUUAUUGAUGGUGGUUAACUCUAAAAUGUUCCUCAGUUGCCUUUCUGAUUAACUUAUUGUGUUCUCUGCGUAGUAGUGAAUCCUAUACUCAAUGUUAUAGUCUUAACUCCACUUGAGUAAUCUGUCUUAUUGCUGUACGUAUAAACGGUGUCCAUUAUGGUCUGUAGUCUUGCAAUCUCAUAUAGCUAUGAUAUUUGUAGAAUGCUGUCUUGUCUUUCUUUGAAUGUUGGCCCUGUUUUGUCCUCAGUAAGAAAUAAUUCACUGCAUGAUAACAUAUUUCCAUGGAUGUUCCAUAUAAAAAUCAUUCAUAAAUGCACUGCUGACUACACUUUUAGAGAUCUCCCUAACUAUUCACCUUAAAAUAUCAAGGAUACAACAUAGACAAUCAGAAUCUACUUGUCAAGAAUGGUCCCGACGUGUAGAUAGCAAGAACGUAAAUGCUGUGGCUGCUUCCAGACCUGUGGAGCGUGUAGCCCUCUCUCACCUAGCUUGGCACCAUCGCCCUUAUCCUGGUCAUUUAUCGCUGUACAAGAGUCCUUCUCUGCAAUUACACCUCAUCAGAUUGUUGGGAACCAGGGUCAUAUUACCUUUUUCUUCUCAGAGGUAUGGUAAAGGGAGAACAAAUGCUGGGGAGAUGCUUGGUGGUGUCAGCCAACACCUGAAGGUUUAAAAAUGCAGUUUUUGCUAUGGAGUCUUCAUUGUUUGUAUAUAAACUUUAUUGUUUCUAGUCAAGGAAGUGCAUCACCAAGUAGUUCAUCUCAAAGGGGGUUAUCUCACCAAAAUUAUUUACUACCGAUCAGUGAUAGUUUUUGUGAUAUGGCUCCUUUAAAGGAAAUGUGUCACCAGUUAAAUGUGUCACCAGUUUUCUGCCAGUUAAAACCAGAUAGUAACACAUAUCGUUUUUUUCUAAUCAGUUUUCU